AUGAGACCUGAGUCAGCUCGUAAGAUAGGUUUGGAUCAUUUUAACUUUCUCGCGGUUCUCGGAAAGGGCAAUUUCGGAAAAGUCAUGCUCGCCGAAACAAAGGCUACGAAGCAGCUCUACGCUAUCAAAGUGCUGAAAAAGGAAUUUAUCAUUGAAAAUGACGAAGUGGAGAGCAUUCGAUCUGAGAAGCGCGUAUUCCUAAUUGCGAACAAGGAACGUCAUCCUUUCCUUCUAAACUUACAUGCCUGCUUCCAAACAGAAACUCGUGUAUACUUUGUUAUGGAAUACAUAAGUGGGGGCGAUUUGAUGUUACAUAUACAACGAGGUCAAUUCGGGACAAAACGAGCGCAAUUUUAUGCAGCGGAGGUUUGUUUGGCUUUGAAAUAUUUCCACGAAAAUGGCGUUAUUUAUCGUGACUUAAAGCUUGACAAUAUUCUGCUUACACUGGAUGGUCAUAUUAAAAUUGGUGACUACGGUCUCUGUAAGGAAGAAAUGUGGUACGGCUCUACUACCAGUACCUUCUGUGGGACGCCGGAGUUUAUGGCACCCGAAAUAUUGUUGGAUAAACGGUACGGUCGAGCAGUAGACUGGUGGGCAUUUGGUGUAUUAAUCUAUCAAAUGCUGCUUCAGCAAUCUCCUUUUAGGGGGGAGGAUGAAGACGAAAUAUACGACGCUAUCCUGUCAGAUGAGCCCCUCUACCCCAUACAUAUGCCGAGGGAUUCUGUUUCUAUUUUGCAAAAGUUACUCACGCGAGAGCCGGAACUGCGCCUGGGAUCUGGCCCUACUGAUGCCCAGGAGAUCAUGUCUCAUGCCUUCUUUAGGAACGUAAACUGGGACGAUAUAUAUAAUAAACGGGUGCCAUCGCCCUUCUUACCCCAGAUUAGCUCUCCAACCGACACCUCCAAUUUCGACCAAGAAUUCACUAGUGUUACUCCAGUCCUUACUCCAGUGCAAUCGGUUCUCACCCAAGCGAUGCAAGAAGAGUUUCGUGGAUUCUCGUACACAGCUGAUUUUGUAUAG